AUUACAUUUUCAUUACUUACUCUGGUAAAGUCAAAAUUGCAAUUUAGCAUGAAUGGAUGGGAGGUCGUGGUUUGCAUGCAGAAAAGGUCAACUGGUUGGCCCGGAUUAUUUUAUCACCCAAUGAUUUGCUCUAUCUAAUUAAGCAGAAUUUGAUUUCUUAAAUACUCAAACCCACCCUCAAGAAGAUACAAUGUAUCAAAAACGACAUGGAAAGAUCUUAUUCUUAUCUGCAAUUAGCCUUUUGCAGUUUUGAAGCCUUUCUUCAUUAUUUGAUUCCAACAAGUCUACAUGCAUGUCGUGCAACCAACUAAUUAUGUUUACAAGUUUCGUGUAUUUUAUUCGACAAUAAAAAAAACAAGUAAUGGUGGUUACGGUUUCUGCAGAACCCGAGUACAAGAAACCCAAACUAGAAAAGGAGAACUUACUAUCAACCAUUGUGGGCAUUCAAGGCCUUGUGUAUUGCAAAUCAGGCCCUAAAGUCACUCCCCUUGAAGGAUCGGUGGCCAGGAUAACAUGUGACGCUGUAGAUGAAUAUGGGUUCGAAACUGCACCAAUCACUAUUUUGAGUGAUGCAACUGAUGCAAAGGGUUACUUCCUUGCAACAAUAUCUCCAUUUGAGAUUCAAAACAAGAAGAAGCUGACACAGUGCAAAGCUUUUCUUGAACUCUCUCCACUAGAUUCUUGCAACGUUCUCACAGAUGCAAACAAUGGAAUCAGUGGCGCUCUACUCACUUCAUAUCACCUCCUCCAUGAGAAGAACAUGAAGUUAUUUACUGUAGGGCCUUUCAUUUGCGCAUCAGAAUCUAAACCGGUCGAUAAUGGUUACUAGACACACUUAUUUAACUGUAACAUUGGGUUGCUAGUUAAAAAAUGUACCACACUGGAGGGCCUUGAACAAAUGUACCAUGAUUGAUCUGUUCUAGUUAAAAAAUGAGUGAUGAAAAAGUGUAGAAAAAUGGCUGUAACACACAAGAAUGUGGAUAUUAUCAAUGUCAAUGCUCAUGUUCAUGUUAUUUUUCUUUCAUU